ACAGAAGUAGAAGAAAAGAAGGGGUAAGAGCAGAACAAAGAUAGACGUGAAAGAAGUCUGAAGAGUCUGGCGUCGCCACGGUCGUCGAUUACGAGGAGGUCCGGCAGUGCCGCACCGAGCCUCAAGCUAUAUCGAGCCAAUUUUCGAUCUUUCUUUCCUUCUCCCACUUCCCACUCUCUCUCUCUCUCUCUCUCUCUCUCUCUCUCUCUUUAUCUUUGAUUCGGUCAAGAUCGAAGGACAGAAUAGAUUCGUUAUUUUUUUGAUCAUCUUCUGCUUUUUUGGCACACUUUUCUUCCUUCCUUCCUUCGCCGUUCGGUGGAGGCGGAAACUGUAGUGAUCUCCGAGCGUAGAGAUUUUAACACCGAUAGCUCUGUAAAAAGCUCGAAACCCUGGCCAGGAAAAGCGCGCUCGUCGAGCCAGGCUCGACGCGGAGAAAGAAGAGGAAGUACGAUCAUGGGGAACACUACUACAAAGAGACACUAUUCCAAGAGCAUCUCUUUAGCCAGCUCGUCCAAGAGACCACGCUGGGAUGGACCAGGAUUGCCAGCACCUCCGGGCAAGCCAAUUCUAAUACCAGGAACGGACGAUACGCAACCGGAUGUGGUAGGAAUACGUUGGGAACGAUCGCCUAGUAACGGUGGUUCAGCCAUCGUGGGUUAUUUGGUUGAACAUCGGCGAAUGGGUUCGGCUUAUUGGGUGCGUAGUACACCUGGCCUCUGCACGUUUCCGGAACUAACAUUGAGUGGUCUUGAGCCAGGAUGGCGUUACCAGUUCAGGGUCAGGGCACAGAAUGCGGUAGGUCUCUCAGCUCCUAGUGAGUUGUCGGAUCCGUUGACGGUAACAUUGCAACGAUCGGCUUCAUCCGCUCCACAGUUCGACCUCGAACUCAACGAUUUGAUUGCUUUGGAGAACGAACAGGCGGAAUUCGUAGUGAAAUUUACGGGGGCCCCUUUACCAAAGAUUUCUUGGUUCAAGGACGGCUUCGAAAUUUUUAGCAGUAGACGAACGAGAAUCUUGACAGAAAAUGGAAAAAGUGUUCUCCUUAUUCAUCAGACAGCUCUUAAUGACGAGGGAGAAAUCAAAUGUACCGCAACGAAUAGAGCUGGCCAUGUUAGUACCAAGGCCAGAUUGAUUCUCGAAGCAUAUCCAAAGAUACGACUACCACGACAGUACGAGGACGGUCUUCUUUUCGAACAGGACGAAACGAUCAGAUUGAAAGUAUCUUUGGCUGGAAGACCAUUACCCACGGUUACUUGGUUUCACGAUGGAGAACCACUUUCUCAAGACACUAGACAUAUGUUCGAAUCUAUGGACGGAGAAUCGGUUUUAAAAAUUCCAGAUGCAAAACGAUUCGACAGAGGAGAGUACACCGUUAAAGCUAGAAACAAACUCGGCGAAGAUACGUCUUCUUUUCUCGUUACCGUUACAGAUCGUCCAGCUGCACCUGGAAAGGUAAACGUCACCAUGACUUUGGGCAGAUCCGUCACCUUAUCUUGGAAAGAACCGGAAGACGACGGUGGUUGUAAGAUCGGUACUUACAUCGUCGAAUAUUAUAGAAUCGGUUGGGAAGUGUGGUUGAAAGCAACUACAAGCCGUCAAACCACAGCUACGCUGACCGAAUUGCUCGAAGGCUCGGAAUACAGAUUUCGAGUAAAAGCUGAGAAUCCGUAUGGAGUGAGCGAACCGAGCGAAGAAAGUGACAUCAUCUUCAUUCCAGAUUUAAAUAAAGGGGCAACGUCGUCGCAAUUGAGUGGAAAGUCUCAAAGUCAAAGAGAGAUCAGUCGGUCGCGAGGGGAAAAACGCGAGGUUAGUUUCGUUGAGCCAGCCCCGAGGAGCAGAAGUUUAACCAGAGAAGAAGAUGGACAAGUUCGUUUUGGUGGGCGAUCUUCGUCAGCGCAAAGACUGUCGAUGGAAAGACCAUCAAGAGCCGACAGUAGAGUCACAUUUGGUCCCGACACAACGAUUCACGUUGAAAGAACCGAACCACCCGUACCACCUGCUAGAUCGAGAGAUCAUUCCUCUUCUAAACACGAAAAUCGAUCGGAGAAUCAUACGAUGCGACAAGAUGUUUCCUCUGUAAAAGCAAACGCGCAGGAUGGCUCGGAUACUAAAAAGAGACCAACGUCACCAACACCCGUCACCACCAUAGUGACUGUAUCACCACCACCUAGAAGCGAUUCAAUCAGACGUUCUCUCUCAUUGUCCAGAGAAAGAAGUUUGUCUCCACCUUUUGUAUCUUCGACUGAAACAAAUAUAGAAGAAGAAAGAAAUGCAUCGUCUUCUCCGCUUCAUCGACCUGUUUCAAUUUUGAAAAAGCAGAACGGUUUGACCGAUGAGCCCGAUGCGAUGCAAUUAGGAAUAUCACCUAGAGAGAACGACGACAUAUUGCACGGUAGCUCAGAAUUCAUGUUGGUACUGUAUCCAAAGGACGAUGAAAACGAAACCAAGGAAGAUAAGAAAGGAUUAAAUUUGAGAGGAUCGGAGCAAGGUAGAACGGAGGAAAUUGAAGACGAGGAAGAUCUAAUACCGCCUCCAAUGUCUCUAUCUCUUCCCGAAUUAUUCAGUAUAGAACACGUAGUGGUAGAAACUAUGCGCGAGGCAGUCAGCUCUACGGAAAUGUUACACGAGCGUGCCAUGGAACGUUUUUAUAAAGCAAUGGAGGCUGAGAAGGAAUCGGAAAACGCUAAGAGAAAAGAAGCGUUGGAAAGAAGGACCGGGGAAUUAGCUUCAAUCGCAAAACAGGACUUUGAAAUGGGAGGAGCUACGAGGAACGGCAAAAGUUCGCCUCUGCGGAGAAAGUUGUCGAAUUCCGGUAGCGCCACGCAAAAUAUGAUCUCUUCUUGGCAAGCUAAAAAAACUCGGAGAAGAUUAAGCGAAGGUCAAGUCGAGGCAGCCUUAAAACCUAUGAAACUUCUUUCACCGUUGCUCUUACCGGACGUCGAGGCUAGAUCGGAUCCUAAUCUACCAACCGACGAAGAAACCAUAACUUCGAGUACUUGGAGGAGGAGCAGCGACGAAGAGGGAGCCGAACGUCUGCGCAGAUGGCACGAAACCAAUGUCCCUUUGCUCGAGGAAACUUCGGCAGAGAAAUCAAUGGGCUUGGGUGUCGACUCGGCGGGAGUCGAUUCCACCAAUAGGACCAGUUCUCCGUUCAAAGAGAUCGUAUCGGAUGAACGACGAGAGCAGGAAGAGAGAGAGACGGAACAAGUAGAGGAGCAGAAUGAAGAAGAGGAAAGUAUCGAGACUUCGGAAGAAUCGUCCGAAGAAGAGCUAAGCAGUGCCGAUAGCGAAGAUCUGAAAAACUUGAAGCAAAGAAUUUUAGCGAGACAAAUUAUGGAAGAGGAAGAUACGUAUCACCCAAGAGGUAGACCAAUCCCACAUUUCGAUAGUUUCGACAAACCUCAUUUUUCCGAAUAUGACAACUCUCUGAUUUCGGACGAUUCAACGAUACCAUCGAUUUGGGUAUCACAACCCUUGUCACCUAGCAACGUUCAACCAAAAUCUAUUCUGAAGAAACCUAAGGAAGAUGCUUCUAUACGAAUAAACGAGUUUGGCAAAGCUAUACCACCUGAGAAACCAAUAAGAAAAGUACCACCCGUGAGACAGGAGGAAGCAAUCGAUCCAAACGAACGUACUUCACCUACGAGCGAAUAUUACGAUCCGACGAAGCCAGGUGUCAUGUCAGAAUCAGAUACCGACAGUGUUUUAUCGGCUGGAGAGGCGGCAAAGAAUCGUCGAAUACAAGCUAAAAUGCGUUCGGCAACGCCCGAGGAGGAGAUGAACGAAGCUGACAUCGAAGCCAGGAUGGCAGUCGUUAGUCAUUACACCGAGAUCGUACGAGAACAUUCGUCUGGUCACAACGUAAGCAGUGGAAAGGUUAACGACGAAGAAGUCGGUAAGAAGAAGGUAUCUGGAAAGAAAUUAGAGCAAGGGACUGGUGUCGAAACUAACCGGACGAGAAAAAAUAGCGUUGGAUCGCGCGGUACUACACCCUCCAGAGAUCGUCCCAAGCUACCCCCUAAAGAAACGAGAGAGAGCAGAGCAUCUUCGCGAACGAGAUCACCGAGUUCCAGAUCGAGGAACGUUUCCGUCGAAAGACCUACUAGAGUACGUGCUCCGUCACGAGACAGGACUGGCCAGGAUUGGCCAGGAUCUAGAACAACUUCGGAAGAACGAGCAUUUGGUAGAGAAAGAUCCGUCGAUCGAAGCGGCCGAAAUUCAAAAGCUUCAUCGCGAUCGAGCUCGAGAGACAGGCAAAGGGCAACGACCCCGGCCGAACUUAAGAUCGAACGUUUGCAGCGAGCGUUGGAGAGCAAAAAAUACAGAGCUACGAACAAAACUUCGAAUAAAGUUCCGAACAAAGCGGAACCGACGACGAACGACAAACGUCUUGCACUUGAAGCUCGGUAUACGGUUAAGUCGACUGUCAAUUACAUAACCGACUUGACGCUUCUCAUGGCUGCCAUUUACGUUUAUCUAUUCAAGAAGGAAACUAUGGCGAUACCCUUUAUCGCUCUUCUUCUUUACAGACGAAUUCAAGAAGGUAUUCGCGAGCGUAUAUCGGGACGUUGGUGGUCGUCCAAACGCAAGCACUGACCAAUUACUAUUUCGCUAUAUCGCAUGAAUAAAAUCAUUUGGUGAAUUUUGUAUCAUUAGUCGGGGAAGGAUUGUUUAUCCUGAUAGAUUAAAAGAGAUAGGAUAGCUUGACAAAGGUAGGACAAUACACGUAGAAGAAACUAGCUCCUUCGAAUUACACAUCGAAUUAUCCAUCGAAUUACACUCUCUCUCUCUCUCUCUCUCUCUCUCUCUCUCUCUUAUUAUCUUUUAUUUUAUGUUACGCGGAAGAUGGUCUCUUUUUAUACGCGUUAAUCGGUCCUAUUUGCGUCGCUCUCGCUUUAGUCUAAGAAUUUUCAUUCGAUGGAAGACAAUGCUAUCAUGGAAUUAUAUCGUUUUUCUUGCAUACCUAUGUUUUAUGAAAAAAUACCUAAGUAUAUAUAUAUAUAUAUAUAUAGCUUACAGAAAUAAUUAUAUGUAA